UUGCAUGUUACGUUAGUUGUUGGUGCUGCACAGCCUGCAGCCAACGGGUCACGAUGGAGAAAAAGCACAUGCAUGUUCAGCACAGCAGACUUUCCAACUCUGCUUCUUUAAGAAACUGCAGAGGUUCAGAGAGUCGUUUCCAUCUGAGUGUCAUUCUGUUCUUCGGAGUGUUCAGCAUCUGCCUGCUCAUCGGACUGCUGGUCGCCAACGCUCAGUACAAUGACGCCAAACGUCGACUGACUGAGGAUCUCCAGGCCUUGAAAAAGACUCAUGCCUCCACAAUUUCAGAAAGAGACAGUCUGAAAACAAAGCUGGAUGAGAAAUCUAAAGAGCAAAGCAUGUCUGCUCAGAAUAUUGACUCCAAAUGUAAUUCAAAUGAUGAACUCCAGAGUGAUCUGACUGAUCGUCUCCUCGCCUGCAAUGAAUCUCUUUUCAACAUAACCAAAGAAAGAGACGAGCUGAAGGUCCGGCUAAUUGAGUCUCUUAAAGAGGGAAUCGAUGAGGGAUCGUCUCUGCAGAAUAACUCCAUGGAUAAUAUGACAGAAACAAUUGAUCUCUCCACACUCUCUGACAAUCUAACUGCGUCUUUCCAAGAAAACACAACGUGUCCUCUCGGUUGGCCGAAGUUCAAUUGUUCUUGUUACCGUGUCUUUGGUGAUGGCUCCUGGGACGAAGGCAGAGCGGACUGCACAAGAGAAGGAGGAGAUCUGGUGGUGAUAAAUAAUCCUGAGGAGCAGAAUUUUCUUGCUGAAUUGGGGGUGGACGGCUGGAUUGGUUUGAGAGAAACUGAGGGAUCCUGGCUGUGGGUUGAUGGAACCGCUCCGAAUUUCACGUCCUGGAGCAUCAAUCAGACUGAUAACGGUGGUAGUGAUGAGGACUGUGCACAUAUCACAUUUGAUGCCGGCUCAACUUGGAAUGAUCUUCCAUGUAAUGCUACCAAAAGUUGGAUUUGUGAAAAAAAAUACCAACAAUGUUUGCUCCAUAAUUUCUGAAAAUGAUUUAUUUUUAUUCUUCGGCAACCAAGCAGACUUUACCAUGUUUAACUCGCCUGUUACAAAAUUGCAAACGAUGAACUGUAUAAGCAUACACAAGCGUUUUAUUUCCCCCUCCCACCAACAGAAAAUGUAUUCUCCCUCUGCUUACUAGCUCAGUUAAAAUUAGGAAAUGUUUAAGUUGCUAGAAGUCACUCGCUGCUCCUUUUCAUUAUGUGUAUAAAUAAAAUUUCUUGAAUCCAAAUUCUUCUCUGUUGAUAAUUGAAUUCUG